AUGGUUGCUGUUCCUCCUCACCUCCUGCGAGCUAUCUCGAAGAGCAAAGCAACAACCCCCGAGCACCGAGAGGUAGCACGAUCAUCUCUUGCACACACAGAACAAUUCUUGAAAAACUGCCAAAAACGCCGGGAGCAGUAUUUGAAAACGUACAACCAAGUCCAGCAGCAGAUCGUUCCUCCUCAACUUUUUCGAAAUGUCAUCGCUUCAGAUCAAGCCGACAAUGCUCAGCGUACAAGGGCCAAAAAAAGUCUUGAUCAUCUAGAAACCAUUAUCGGAAAAGUCAGAGGGGCCCAGCAGGCGCUGGGCUCUUCGCAGUCAUCAGAACCCGGCACCUCACAUGUUGUCCCAUCGUUAACAGCUACGGACGACCCUCCAUACCGUGCGGUGUACGACAUACACGAGAGUUCAAACGAGGGUGAUCUUCCUGGCGACCUCAUUCGUGACAACGGGAAAAAGGAAGCCGAAGAAACCAAACCAUCUUCCGAUAAGGCUGUCAACGAGGCCUUCGAAAACGUGGGACUUGUCUUGGGUUUCUACAAAAAGUUCUUCCAAUGGCUGUCAAUCGACAACAAGGAUAUGGACGUCAUCAGCACUGUUCACUUUGGUAAACAAUAUGAAAAUGCUUUCUGGGACCCAGAAAAACUUCAGAUGGUCUUUGGCGAUGGCGGCGAGUUUCUCAACAACUUUACCGGAUGCAUCGAUGUCAUCGGCCACGAGCUUACACACGCAGUCACAGAGAACACAAGCCCUCUUGACUACUAUGGUCAGGCCGGUGCUCUGAACGAGCAUAUCUCGGAUGCGUUCGGCAUCAUGGUCAAGCAAAGGGUUCAGGACGAGAAAUCGGACGUUGCAGACUGGUUAAUCGGCGAAGACUGCAUUCUUCCUGGAGUCAAGGGCACUGCUCUGCGAAGCAUGAAGGAGCCUGGAACUGCCUACGACGAUCCCGUUUUUGGCAAAGACCCGCAGGUUGGACACAUGAAGCAAUUCAGGACAACAUUUGAGGAUAACGGCGGAGUACAUAUCUAUUCCGGAAUCCCCAACAAAGCAUUCUAUCUGGCUUCUGUGUCGUUCGGCGGUUACUCUUAG